AUGGCUGAAGUUACUACCAGACCUUCCGUUUUGAAUGCUACAGAAGACGACAUUAAGCAGCUCCUUGCUGCUAGCAGCCAUAUUGGCUCCAAGAACUUAGAGACUUGGGAAAAGUUGGUUUUGGCCGCUCGUAUCAUCGCUACUGUUGAAAACCCUGCCGAUGUUUGCGUCGUCUCUACCCGUGCUUAUGGUCACCGUGCUGUUCUCAAGUUCGCUGCCCAUACCGGAGCUACUGCCAUUGCUGGCCGUUUCACUCCUGGUAACUUUACCAACUAUAUCACUCGUACUUACCGCGAACCCCGUUUGAUUAUUGUUACUGACCCUCGUGCUGAUGCUCAAGCCAUCAGAGAGGCUUCUUUCGUCAACAUUCCCGUCAUUGCCCUUGCUGACACUGACUCUUGCUUGAAUCACAUUGAUGUUGCUAUCCCUACCAACAACAAGGGCCGUAAGUCCAUUGGUUUGGCUUGGUACUUAUUGGCUCGUGAAGUUCUUCGUCUUCGUGGUACCCUUUCUCGCAACACCCCUUGGGAAAUUAUGCCCGAUCUUUACUUCUACCGUGAUCCCGAAGAGGUUGAACGUGAAGAGGAGGCUAAGAAGAUUGCCGCUGCUGAAGCUGAGGCUGGUGCUGUCGCCGAAGCUGCUGCUGCUGCUGAAUUUGAUGUCACUGAUGCUGCCCAAAGUGCUGUUGACCCUUCUGUUUUAGAUGCUGCCACUGCUGGUCAAGUUGCUGAAAACACCUGGGAUGAUUCUGCUAACUGGAACACUACUGGAACUGCUCCUAGUGAUUGGGCUGCCACUACUCAAACAGCUUAA